AUGAACAUAGCUCACACCAUCUUCGGCGUUUUCGGAAACGCAACUGCUUUGUUUCUCUUCUUGGCUCCUUCGAUAACAUUCAAGAGAAUCAUCAAGAACAAAUCAACCGAACAGUUCUCUGGCAUUCCUUACCCUAUGACUCUCCUCAACUGUCUCCUCUCUGCCUGGUACGGACUUCCCUUUGUGUCAAAGGACAACAUGCUUGUGAGCACAAUCAACGGAACAGGAGCAGUCAUCGAGACAAUCUACGUCUUGAUCUUCCUUAUCUACGCACCAAAGAAGGAGAAAGCUAAGAUCUUUGCUAUCUUCACCGCCGUCUUGGCCGUUUUCGCAACUGUGGCUCUCGUCUCUCUCUUUGCUCUCCAUGGUAACGGUAGAAAACUCUUCUGUGGUAUCGCAGCUACCGUCUUCUCCAUCAUCAUGUAUGCUUCUCCACUCUCAAUCAUGAGAUUGGUGAUAAAGACGAAGAGUGUAGAGUACAUGCCAUUCUUUUUAUCACUCUUUGUUUUCCUCUGUGGAACUUCUUGGUUCAUCUACGGUCUCAUCGGUCGUGACCCUUUUGUUGCUAUCCCAAAUGGGUUUGGAUGUGCUUUAGGGACAGUGCAAUUGAUUCUCUAUUUCAUAUACUGUGGAAACAAAGGCGAGAAAUCAACAGAUGCUGAAAAGGAUGAGAAGAAGAGUGUGGAGAUGAAAGAUGAGGAGAAGAAUCAUAAUGUGGUUAUUGGAAAGAAACAAGAGCAGCCAGUUUAG